AUGGCCGGUUUGCUAUUGGAUACACUACGAAAAGCUGAACUCGACCAGUAUUACUCUAGCUUUUCCUCCAAUGGCAUUACGCAAUUGGAAUCCUUGGCUCAGUUAUCCAUGCAGGAUUAUAGUAGUCUCGGUAUCACUUCCAUAGGUGACAGGAAAAAACUGUUUCAGAGCUUACGUCAAGAACUUCCAACUUUGGAAAAUGGGCUCGUUUCGUCGCCAUCUUCCAAUUCCUCGACCAUCUCUUCUCCUUCACUUGCAAGUACACCGACCGGAUUGAAAACACCUCAGUCCUAUCGACGUCGUCCCCAGCAGGAUCUUACUCCCAAGAACUCGCCUAUUCCUUCGUCGGCUAUUCCCGAUUUAUCGACUCUCAGCAUGUCCCGUCGUCCUCCCAAUUCAGCUGCAGGCGCUUCACCUCAAUCCACGGCCGCUUCAUUGAAUGUGCCACCACCCACACGGUCCCGAUCACGUACGUUGCCCGAUCAGAGUCAACGCCCUGAAUUUCUAAAAUCAGGCAAAUCCCCCGCCGCUGUGCCUGAGCACAUUUUAACCGCAGAUCAAGACGACGAAUCUUCCGACGAGGAAAGUCGGUGCGAAAUCCGUCGAAGUUCCGGCCCUUUAUUGAAUCCCUAUGGUAUUCCCAUUCAGAACAAACUCAGAUCCACGGGCUACAAUCAGCAACGAUCGAAUUCGCUGGCCAUGCCGGCCUUUCUCACCGGUGGCACUUCUCCCGUUGCCAAUGCCAAUUCUCCCGUCACAGCCGGUCAAAGUGAUCUGAACCAGAAAAUCAGAGUCGUCGUUCGUAAACGGCCAUUGAAUAAGAAAGAACUAGAAAAGGGAGAAAAGGAUAUUUCUUCCACCGUGGGGAUUCGCAGCAUCAACGUCAACGAACCAAAAACGAAGGUGGAUUUAACAAAGUACAUUGAACAACACAGUUUUACCUUUGAUGAUGUGUUUGACAGUGAUGCGUCCAAUGAUCAAUUGUAUAAACGCACCGCCCAACCACUGGUGAAAUACGUAUUUGACGGUGGCAGAGCCACUUGUUUCGCCUAUGGCCAAACCGGUUCCGGCAAGACGUAUACCAUGCUUGAUCCUAAGCAAGGUCUUUACGUGCUUGCGGCAAGAGAUGUGUUUACCAUGCUUCGUCAACCUCAAUAUGAGCAUCUAUCGGCUUUUAUAGGGUUUUAUGAAAUCUACCAGGGCCAGCUCUAUGAUCUUCUCAAUAACCGUAAAAAGCUGUUUGCUCGCGAAGACGGCAAACAAAAUGUCGUCAUUGUCGGUCUAAAGGAAUAUGUCAUCAAGAAUGUUGAAGACUUGAUGCAAGUGUUUGAGUACGGCAGCCUGGCAAGAAGUACAGGAAGCACGGGGGCCAAUUCCGAUUCUUCAAGAUCACACGCUGUACUUCAAAUUUUACUGAAGCCAACCAAGAGCAGGAAAAAGAUUGCCGGAAAACUGUGCUUUAUUGAUCUUGCCGGCAGCGAGCGUGGAGCCGAUCGAGGCGAUGCCGACGUGAAAACAAGAAUGGAAGGUGCCGAAAUUAACAAGAGUCUGUUGGCGCUCAAGGAAUGCAUUCGAGCCUUGGAUCAGGAUAAACGACACACACCUUUCCGUCAGAGUAAAUUAACUCAGGUAUUGAAGGAUUCUUUUGUGGGCAAUUCAAGAACUUGCAUGAUCGCGACGAUUUCUCCCAACCAAAGCAACAGUGAACACACAUUGAAUACGCUGCGUUAUGCCGACAGAGUCAAGGAGCUUAAAGGAGAAAGGGAUCGACGUGCAUUGGGGGAUAAUACAGCGGAAGACAAUAAUGCACGAUUGUCCACAGGGAUCGAUGAUGAAGAUUACAGCAACGACAAUGGAUAUCCCGAUGACGAUGGGUAUGGCGACAAUGAGUAUUUGGAAUCCGAUGAUCCCGAACUUUACAAUGAAGCCGAAGAUGAAGAUGUAUUCCUGCAGGAUGAGGGAUUCCCAAGCGAAGCCGACAUCAAUAUCUUGGACGAAGAUUUCCCCCAUGAGAACCCCAACAAUGGAUUUUAUCAAGACAUUCAUUCUCCCGGAAAACAGCCUCCCUACUUACCGCGUCGACACGGCCACAGUUACAAUGAACGAACGAGUAAUGCAGGACUCACCCAAGCCAAACCGCGCUCGUCCAUGGACUCACCACGCAUGCGUAGUAGCGGCAUGGAGGCCCGUUCACAGGAAUCGCGCUUUGACAGAGGCUUGCUAUCCAGUUCCCCCGAUGCAUCGUUGGAUAUAAACGAUGUAGAGAUCGGCCGAUCCUUCGGUGACCCGUUUCUACGUCCGCCAUUAUCGCGCGAUACCUCGGUCCAUUCGAUGAAUCGCAGUGUGUCCUCGGCUUCUCUCAACGAUUACCUUCGAAACACCAAUAAACCGACGCAACCUCCACCCCCCACGGCCUCGGUUCCGCCUUCGCAAAAAGAACUGAUGGACGGUUGUCCCUUGUUCGAACCGGCGGAAAUCGACAAGUUUAUUAAAGUGCAUCGCGCGCAAAUCCGUGAAGUGACGGACUUUUGCAAAAAAGAGACCAAACUGCUUUCCAACUUUUCACUCAGCAUGUCCAGUCGUCGCGAAUUGCAAGAAGGGGGCAAAACCUCGUUGAAAGACGAUCUGAGAACGUCCAGUGAAUUCAUCGACUACCUUGCCGACUUGGACGAAGUGUUGGUUAUGAAAAUUGGCGCCAUUGAGGCAUUACGAGAUCGGAUUCGCAGUGUCACGGGCGAUGAAGAGUUUUAG